CGAGGACAGGGGGGGAUCGCACACAGUUGAGGGCUGAUGUAAUAGAUAAACACAAUGGAGUGAAGUUUUUUCAAAGCAAAGGGGGAAGAGGACAGCAGUCUCUUCCUGGCUAUGUUCUGAUCAAGAUCUCCGUUUCCUGAUUUACCUCAUUCAUCCUCGCUCUGUCAUGUCGCUGCUGACUCACGUGCUGGCGUGCCUGUUCGGCAUGGGCUCCUGGGUGGCGAUCAACGGGAUGUGGGUGGAGCUCCCCCUGAUCGUUCCGGAGAUCCCAGAGGGCUGGUAUCUGCCGUCCUACCUCACAGUCCUCAUCCAGAUGGCCAACAUAGGUCCUCUCUUUGUCACUCUGAUGCACCGCUUCCGCCCGGGGUUGCUAGAUGAACGGCCAGUCAUCUACUGCAUCGUAGGGCUGGGGAUCGUCGUUACAUUCCUGCUGGCUUUCUUCUGGCGGCACACAGUGACGAUAGGGGGGUCUUUGCGCAGUGUGCCCCUGCUGUUGCUCAGCUUCCUGCUCUCUGUGGUGGACUGCACCUCCUCUGUAACCUUUCUGCCUUUCAUGAUGCGGCUGCGUCCACAGUACCUCACCACGUACUUCGCCGGUGAAGGCCUCAGCGGUCUGGUGCCUGCGCUGGUGGCUCUGAUUCAAGGUGUUGCCGUCGUCCACUGUCAGAACGCCACACUGGCUGGCGCGGCCAACAAAACUGCUGAUAAUGCCACUUUGGUUGGCAGUGGAGCUCUAGAAGCCGUCUAUCAGCCAGCAAAAUUCUCUGCCCAGGUCUUCUUCCUGUUCCUCGGUGUCAUGAUGAUUGUGUGCUUGGUAGCCUUCAUCCUGCUCAACUAUCACCCAGCUGUGGCUCGCGAGAGAAAGAGUGACCUGUACUUCAGUGGCGAUAUGGCCCCUGGGCAGAGAGAGCAAGGUCUGUCUCUGCACGCCCAGACACCAGAGCAGAGGCCCAUGAUCAACCCCCUGGAAGCCGCCAGGAAGGAACCCAGAAGCUCUUUUUGGAGGGGCACGUAUAGCAGUGUUGAGGUGUUGUUCAUCUUUAUCUCACUGGCUUGGGUCAAUGCUCUGACCAACGCAGUGCUGCCUUCGGUCCAGUCUUACUCCUGUCUGCCUUACGGGAACAAGGCCUACCAUCUAGCUGCCACCAUGGCAGCCGUUGCUAACCCACUAGCCUGCUUCAUCGCCAUGUUUAUGCCCAUUAGGUCCCUCAUCUUCAUGGGUUUCUUGACCAUGACUGGGACUGGAUUUGGAGCCUACAUCAUGGCCAUGGCUGCUCUUAGUCCAUGCCCCCUGCUGGUGCACAGUGCCUCCGGAACUGCAGUCAUAGUGCUGACCUGGAUCCUGUUUGUCCUGUCCCUGUCCUAUGUGAAGGUCAUCAUCGGGGUCAUUCUGAGGGAUGAGGGCCACAGUGCCCUCGUGUGGUGUGGCGCUGUAGUGCAGUUGGGCUCUAUGGUGGGCGCCAUAUCCAUGUUCCCAUUGGUCAGUGUUUAUGGACUUUUCAAGUCAGGUGAUGCUUGCAACACCAUGUGUCCACUGUAGUGAACAUGUUCAAGUUAAAUCAACGCUGAAAUGUCAUAUUUCUUUAUUUUAGUAACACUGAACUCAUUGCAGUCAUGAGCUUUACAGUAUUACAGUAUUUGUUUCAACAGAGCUGAGAGGUCACAGCUGUGUACCUACAGCAGUAUCACUCCCUGAUGUUGUUGGUUUGCUCUUGGUACAAUCAGAUUGUAGAUUUAUGUUUUAUGUACUGUAUUUAUUGACUUAUUGAGUGAUUAUUAAUUUGUGCGCAAGACCACACCAGACCAUUUUCUUGCUGAGCAUAUUACACUUCCUUCUAAAUUUAGGUCAAAGCCAGUUUACUUGAACUGUUAACGUUAAUGUGAAAGUAUAAUUUAUUUAUUACUUUUUAAAUGUGCCUUAAUUUGAGACACUGAAAGAUUUGUGCUUUUUUGAUGUACAUGGUUGUUUAGCGUCAUGAUUUGUAACACUAAAUAAAUUUGUUUUAUUGUUGCCUAUAAGUGCAUUUCACUGCAAAUCCUCUUGAUCAUUCCCCUUUAUUCUAACCCAGCUGGGGUAGAAAGCUUUAUCCUGAGGAUGGAGGCAGAGAGUGUCAGCGCAAGGGUUGACACAAAAUGCAUGAACCUGUCUUGAUAUCUUGUGUUGUGUAUUUUGGUUAAUGUGGUACGACUGAGAAAGAAGAAGCUGCAAAGAGCACUUUAAAUGAAACAAAAGCACCACACACAGUUUAUCACAGUUGGGGCGGAGCGUCUGGCUGUCUGGUGAUAUGCUGCACCCAAUAGAUAUCUCUUCCAUACAGACUCUAUGUAUAUACCAGCACAUUACCUAUUUUUAUAGGUAUAAGAUGAAAGGUGAUUUGAACUAGCCAUAUGUUGACAGUGGGUGAUUUCAAGGCACUUAAUUAGUUGGUGUGGCAGUAUAACUGUAAAUAGAAAAUGAAAAGACAGAUAAAUUCUGCUUCAGUUAUAAAAUAAUAUUUUUCUUUUUCUAUC